AUGAGUCUUAGUGAUAAGUCUUCCUCAACCGUAUCUUCCUCCUCAACCCCACGCAAUAUUUCUAGCCCAUACGCGCGUGAUAAGAUUUCGGCCGAGAUUACCAUCAGCCCACUCCGGUACGUCCUUGCCAAGCGACAGCUGCCGCUGGACGUACCCGUGACACCGCUUCCCCAACUGCUCAACUUCCAGUACCAUGGCCCCGGCGAUGCCACGCUCCUGUACAAGUUCUACAACGGCGGUACACUUUACGACGUGAUCAUGUUGCAAAAGCGAGCUCGACGCAAGGUUCCCGAGGGUUUCAUCUGGCACGUUAUCGCACAGCUUUGCCGUGCGCUGUGCUACUCGCACACGGGUCACUUUCCGCUUCCUGGAAGAGCGUCAUUGGUGAUUCUGGGAGACUUUGGCGGAGCAUUCGAGGCAGAUCACGAGGCGAGUGACAUGCUAUGCAAACCUGUGUCGACGGAAAUGCUAGAGCGGUCCCAGUCCAAGUAUCGAAGGGUCGACAAGGAGCCGCGGAGCAGCUUUCACGCGCUCUCUGGGUACAGCGACGAGCUGAUCGACGUGGUCGCCAAGUUCGAGCCCCUCAUCGAAAUUCUCGAGUCGCAUAACAAGUUCGGGAUUGGGAUGGGGCAUACUGACCAAUCGGAUUGGCCGAAGUUCCCUAGCAACGAGUUCCUGUACGGCGCUACCAUCGCCUGCGCAGACUGCCACGUCGCCAGAUACCGCAAUCAUAGAGCCCAGGGCAUGGAAUCCCCGGGCGGCACCGCGACGAGUGAAAGUUCAGACGAGGAGGAGGCAUCAGACGACCUGGAUCGGGAUAUUCGAGACUUCGAUGCCUGCCCCCCAGGGUUUGCCGAGAUCCGCAAGGUCGAAACGUAG